AUGGACCCGGAAUUUCGGCACGUGGAGGGAGCGGGGCCUGGGAUUGGUGCGAGUGAGAUUGUUGUUGACGUGGACCGGCUUCAGGAACAGAUCGACCACCUCGCUACCUUCUCCAAUGACGAGCCGCCAGCUGUGACGCGGAUACUGUUCACGGAGAACGACGUGAGGGCGAGAGAUUACGUGAAAUCUUUAAUGAAAGAAGCGGAUCUGGCCAUAAGAGAGGAUGCCAUCGGCAACAUUUUUGGCAGAUGGGAGGGAUCCAAUCAGUCACUGCCAGCUGUCAUGACUGGGUCGCAUACUGACGCGAUCCCAUUGGCUGGGAAAUACGAUGGGGUGGUGGGCGUGCUGGGAGCGAUCGCUGCAGUGCAGGCGUUGAAGCGGGCGGGAUUCUUCCCCCGUCGCCCCGUGGAAGUGCUCAUGUUCACUUCAGAGGAGCCCACCCGCUUUGGAAUAGGCUGCCUGGGCAGUCGUAUGUUGGCCAACCAAACUGGUUAUCUAAAUCGCCUGCUGGCGCUACAGGACAAAGACGGCCGCCCGUUCGCUGAGGCUGCUGCCGAGGCUGGGUACGGGGAGGCUCGGAACGCAGCUUCGGUGGCAGCAGUGGCUUUGGAUCGGGAACAAAUGGGGGCUUUUGUGGAGCUUCAUAUUGAACAAGGGCCGCUACUGGAAGAGCAAGGGCUGGAUAUUGGCAUAGUGACAGCGAUAGCAGCACCAGCAACACUGAUGGUGGAUUUCAGUGGAGGAGGGGGACAAGCCGGCGCCCUACUCAUGAAGCACAGGAACGAUGCAGGAUUGGCAGCUGCUGAGCUCUCAUUGGCUGUUGAGGCUGCUGUGCUGGCGACCAAGGCAGACGACACAGUGGGGACCACAGGACACCUCGUUCUGCAGCCCAACGCAGUGAACAGUGUGCCUCGCCAUGCACACUUGGAGAUUGAUGUUCGAGAUAUUGAUGAGGCAAGGCGAGAUGGCGUGGUUUCCAAGGUUAUGGAUGCUGCUAGGAGCAUUGCUGCAAGGCGGAAAGUGAAGGUGGAGAGAAUGGAGCUGGUCAAUGCCGACCCGCCCGCCCAGUGCAGCAGCAUGGUGACGUCAGCUGUUUUGUCUGCAGUGCAGGAGCUGGGGCUGAGCCACCGGCGCAUGGUCAGCCGGGCGUAUCACGAUGCACUGUUCAUGGCAAGGGUGGCGCCAACAGGCAUGAUUUUCAUCCCUUGUCGAGCAGGUGUGAGCCACCGGCCAGAUGAGUUCACAUCAAAGGCCCACCUGGCCAACGGUGUGCAUGUGUUGGCUCUUACACUUGCCAAACUCUCAUUGUUGUGA